UCAUCUUCGUCAUAGUGAAUUUCAUCACUCAACAUGGACCUAAAUGGCUCCUCAUCAAACACAUUAUUGAAUGGUGCAUCUGAGCCUAAGCUUCAACUCAUCACGGGUGCCUCAAGGAAGGCGAUAGAGUCGUUAACAGAUCAACCCUGUCUAGCCAACAAGAAACUGCACAAGUCAUCACCCAAUAAGGCGUGGCGAUCUUCUAGUGAGCAAAAUCAGGCCAAAGCAGCUGUGGAAGCCAUUAGCAAAAUAAAAACAGGCACAUUGGUCUCUCAAUCAGAACAAGAGCUUGUCGACCAUGAUGUCAUCUCGGGGAACCAGGGAUGCAAUGGUGGCUUCAUGUACAAAGCAUUUCAGUUCAUCAAAAAAACUGGACUCACUACAGAAAGAGAACAUCCAAACAUUGAAGCUAUAUGCAAUAAACAAAAAGCGAGAUACACUAUGACAGAAAAAGUACCUGUAAUUGAUGAGAAAAGCAUUAAAGAUGCAGUUGCUAACCAGCCGUCUGUAGCAAUUCAUACAGGGGGAUAUGAUUUCCAGUUCUAUUCUGGUGGAGUUUUCUCAUGGAAUUGUGGAAAGGAACUCAAUCAUGGAGUGGCAGUAGUUGGGUAUGGGGAAGCUAGCAAUAAAUCUUACUGGCUUGUCAAGAAUUCAUGUCAAGAAUUCAUGGGGCACUGACGGGGUGAAUCUGGUUACACGAGAAUUCUGAUGAUAAGCAAAGGUACUUGUGGCAUAGCUAUGGAGGCUAGCUACCCCUUCAAAGACUGAGCAUGUAAGAUCCUACAUCAGUUGGAAAGGAGAACGAAAUAUUUCUUAUAAGGGUAUGGAAACCUCCUCCUAAUAGACGUAUUUUAAAACCGUGAGGAUGACAACGAUAAGUAACGGACCAAAGCGGACAAUAUCUGCUAGCGGCGGGGUUCGGCUGUUACAAAUGGUAUCAGAGCCAGACAUUAGGCAAUGUGUCAUCGAGGAUGCUAGGCUCCAAGGGGGUGGAUUGUGAGAUCCCACAUUGGUUGGUGAGGAGAACGAAACAUUUCUUACAAGAGUGUGAGACGCAUUUUAAAACCGUGAGGCUCACACAGCGAUACGUAGCGGGCCAAAGCGAACAAUAUCUUGUCUAUCUUUAGGAGUGAAGAAAUGCAGAUUUCUAUAUCCACUAAACUAGAUUAUCCAAUGACGCAAUUACAAUUAGUAAAAAGUCGAGCAACAGAAGUCAGAACGAAAAGGCAGGAUU